AAUACAUGAGAUGCUAAGUGAUGUUAGCUUUUUCCUGAGAAAAACUUUAAACCAGCCACGGAUACAUUGCAAGCCCACCAAAAAUAUUUUAAAAUGAAUGUAGUAGACCACGUUCGGGAUAUGGCUGCAGCCGGUCUGCACUCUAAUGUUCGCAUAUUGAGCAGUUUGUUGCUGACGAUGAGUAAUAAYAAUCCGGAGCUGUUCUCGCCAGCCCAGAAAUAUCAGCUGUUGGUUUACCAUGCUGAUGCCAUUUUUCAUGAUAAGGAGUACCGCAACGCUGCCUGCAAAUACAGUAUGGCACUUCAGCAGAAGAAGGUGCUCAACAAAACCUCUAAGGUCCGUACUUCAGCUGGUGGAGCUGCAUCCAACUUACAGGCACAGAGUUUGCCCUCAGAAACUGAGGUAAAAUACAAAAUAGCAGAAUGCUACACUAUUCUGAAACUGGAUAAAGAUGCCAUCGCUGUGCUGGAUGGGAUUCCUUCUAGACAAAGAACUCCAAAGAUCAACAUGAUGUUGGCUAACCUGUACAGGAAAGCUGGUCAGGAACGAUCUGCUGUGACGAGCUACAAGGAGGUGCUCAGACAGUGUCCCCUUGCCUUGGAUGCAAUUAUUGGCCUUCUGUCUCUGUCAGUUAAAGGAGCUGAAGUGGCCUCCAUGACCAUGGAUGUGAUCCAGAGCAUUCCCAACUUGGACUGGCUCUCUGUUUGGAUCAAAGCUUAUGCCUUCAUCCACGCAGGAGACAAUCAGAGAGCUAUCAACACAAUCUGCUCUCUGGAAAAGAAGUCUCUUUUGCGGGACAACGUGGACCUCCUGGUGAGCCUGGCAGAUGUUUAUUUCAGGGCGGGGGACACCAAAAAUGCCAUUCUGAAGUUUGAACAAGCGCAGAUGUUGGACCCAUAUCUCAUUAGAGGAAUGGAUGUGUAUGGCUACCUAAUGGCCCGUGAGGGACACCUGGAGGAUGUUGAAGUCCUAGGAGGACGAUUAUUUAAUAUAUCUGACCAACAUGCAGAACCCUGGGUGAUCUCUGGUUGUCACAGCUUUUACAGCAAGCGUUACUCCAGGGCCCUCUACCUGGGGGCCAAGGCCAUCCAGCUGAACAGCAACAGCGUUCAGGCCCUCCUCCUGAAGGGGGCAGCACUGAGAAACAUGGGGCGAGUUCAGGAGGCUAUCAUUCAUUUCAGAGAGGCCAUGCGGUCGUGAACAGAAACACGAAGAGGGCAUUGCUCUCCUGCGGAACGCCCUGGCCAAUCAAAGUGACUGCGUCCUGCACAGGAUGCUGGGGGAUUUCCUGGUGGCCGUCAACGAUUACCAAGAGGCCAUGGAUCAGUACAGAAUCGCACUGAGCCUGGAUCCUAAUGACCAGAAGUCCUUAGAGGGGAUGCAGAAGAUGGAGAAGGAGGAGAGCCCCACCGAUGCCACGGUGGAGCUGGAUGGUGACGACAUGGAGGGCAGCGGAGAGGACGGAGACCUGGAAGGCAGCGACAGCGAGGCGGCUCAGUGGGCCGAUCAGGAACAGUGGUUCGGUAUGCAGUGACCCAGAUGCACUGAGGAACUCUCAGUACCAGCUCUGUAACACAUGAAGCCUGCAGUCAGCGAGGGGGGAGGAGCCUUAGUGCUUUUGCUUCCUGAGGGAUUCAAGCCGCUCAUUCAGGGAGUAAAAAGUGGUGCAGCUAAGAACUGUAACCUGUAAAGAUUUCAUUUAAUGCAGAGCUCCCACCAUAUUUUCCAUCAUUCUGCCAAGUUUCCAUGUUAACUUCUUCACAUUGUGGCUUUCAGGCAUAAGCUCACAUUCAAUCAGGAUCUGUUCUGUUCUGCCAUCAGAUGGUUUUGGUCAACAUUAAGGCAGGUUAGCAGGUAAAAGUUGCUCCUCGUCAGCUGUCGUGAAAUAAUAAUCAGGCAGAAUCUGAAAACGCCUGUUGCUGAAGUGUUAAAGGAAUUUUUUUAGGUAGGGUUUGACCUGAUGUCAGUGCCACAAUAAGAGUCGUGAACACGGUCCGACUUCCUGUUUGACAGACUGGAAGUCUCAUUAUUCAGUAUUUUUGCUGCUUCUUCUAUGUUCUGAUAUAGUAUUUGUCAUGUAAAAAAACAUGUUUUCUGUGUUCAUUGACCCUAAAAAAAUAACUCCAGUUGUAAAGUUUACUUAAACUGUUUAUAUUUUUUGUACAUAUUUUAGUAAAUGGAAUAAUAAACCUGUGAUGGAUUUUCACAUACAUUUA